UUCUCUUACUCUGCCUUUGAAAUCUCCGGAGACCGCCAAAGGCUGCGGCUCGUUUCAUUCUGCCAUUCCUCCCGGCCGCCUUCGUCUCUUCCCGGAGUUCAGCCAGCUCAAUCCCACCCAUGGCGGCAGCUGGGGGAAGCGUCUUUGCCUCUGGCUUUCCCCCGGGCAUUCCCCGUCACUCCUAUCCAGCUCCGAGAGCUCGCCGGCUGGCACUCAUCAGCUCCACUCAACGACUAUUUGCUGUUUCGACAGCUGAGCAGCUGCCCUCUGCUCCUACUUCUGUCCCGGGUCCGACUCCGACUACGGAAGGUGAGUUGGGUCAGAACAGGAGGCAUUGGAAGGACAGGGAGCCCAAUGGAAGCGCGGCAGCAUCGCCGUUCAUGGAGGAUGAAGGAUCAGAGUUAGAGGGGAAGAAGAGGUUGGAGGACUUCUUUGACCUCGCCAAGGAUUUGAUCAGAUCAGCCGGUGGACUGCCGCGGUGGUUCUCUCCUCUGGAGUGCGCGUCUCGCAUCAAUAAUUCUCCUCUGCUCCUCUAUCUGCCCGGAAUCGACGGUACUGGAGCUGGGCUCGCUUCGCAGCACAAGAAGCUCGGGAAGAUUUUCGACGUUUGGUGCUUGCACAUUCCAGUUAUGGAUCGAACACCAUUUACAGAUCUUGUAAAAUUGAUCGAGAAGACAGUGAAAUCAGAGAGCCACAAUUCGCCGAAUAGACCUAUUUAUCUUGUUGGAGAAUCACUGGGAGCAUGCCUCGCACUAGCUGUAGCAGCACGUAACCCCGACCUUGAUCUCGUACUCAUCUUGUCUAACCCAGCAACAUCUUUCAAUGCAUCACAAGCACAAUCUCUCGUACCUUUGCUGGAAAUCAUGCCGGAUCAAGUCCAACUUACCCAUCCUUACUUACUCAGUUUAAUGAGAGGUGAUCCUUUGAAUACUCUGAGGGCCACUUCGGAGAAAGCACUCCCACCACAAGAAAUGGUGGCGGAGCUGUCGAAGGACCUCUUAAACAUGUCGGCUUUUAUCUCUGUUCUUGCUGAUAUUCUACCCAAGGGAACAUUUCUAUGGAAGCUUCAGAUGCUUAAGUCGGCUUCAGCAUAUACGAAUUCACGCCUUCAUGCAGUUAAAGCACAAACUCUAUUGCUUAUCAGUGAAAGGGAUCAGCUGCUGCCAAGUCAAGCUGAAGCUUCACGGCUCUAUCGUGCAGUGCCAGGAUGUGAGAUUCGUAGAUAUGAGGAGAAUGGUCAUUUCCUCUUCUUGGUCUGUCUUCCUGCUCUCUCUCUCUCUCUCUCAGAAAACCAGGAAGAUGGCAAUGGCAUUGACUUAGUAACUACAAUCAAGGGUGCUACUUUCUACCGUCGCGGCAAGAGCCAGGAUUACAUAUCAGAUUACUUGCCACCAACCCAUUCCGAGUUCAUAAAGCUCUAUGAAUCAAGCAAAUGGUUUAAUGACAUGACCGCCCCUGUCAUGCUGUCAACUCUGGAGGAUGGGACAAUCGUCAGAGGCCUCGCCGGGAUCCCUUAUGAGGGGCCAGUUCUCCUCGUGGGCUAUCACAUGUUACUAGGACUGGAAAUCAUCCCUUUGAUGACUCAGUUUUUGAUUGAGAGGAACAUACAUUUGCGUGGGAUAGCGCAUCCUAUGUUGUUCCCCAAGUACAAGGAACAUGGCAGCACCCUCAGCCCAUUUUUUUACGAUGCUUUCCACAUUAUGGGCGCUGUUCCUGUCUCAGGAGCGAACUUAUUUAAACUUUUCUCGAGGAAGUCUCACGUCCUACUGUACCCUGGCGGCGCACGUGAAGCCCUUCAUAGGAAGGGUGAAGAAUACAAGUUAUUUUGGCCGGAACAGGCUGAAUUCGUCCGAAUGGCAGCAAAAUUUGGAGCCAAAAUAGUACCCUUUGGGACUGUCGGAGAAGAUGAUAUUGGCCAGGUCGUUCUUGAUUAUGAAGACCUCAUGAAGAUCCCAUAUUACAGGGAUCAGAUAAGGCGCAAUACUGAGGGGAAUGUAAAGCUGAGGACAACUGCCACGGGAGAGGUAGCAAACCAAGAUAUGCACCUUCCAGGAGUUAUGCCGAAGAUCCCGGGUCGGUUCUACUAUCUCUUCGGUAAACCAAUAGACACUGAAGGGAGGAAGCAGGAACUGAAGGACAGGAAGAAAUCCCACGAAUUGUACCUCGAAGUCAAGUCCGAGGUCGAGAGAUGCAUCGCCUACCUUCAAGAUAAGAGAGAAGGCGACCCUUACCGAAGCAUCUUCUCUAGACUUGUUUAUCAGACUGUUAAUGGCUCUUCAUCCGAUAUUCCAACAUUCGAGCUGUGACUUCGACUAAGCAUAGUGAUGCGGCAGAAAACGGACAAUUUUAUAUUAGUCGGGCUUUUUUGCAAUUUUUAGGAAAUAAUUUAUUUCCUUCGUUAUAAUUUCGUUUAAGUCUAUUUAAGCGGUGUAAGCCCUAGGCAUAAAGACAGUUGUCUUUUUGAUCAUUCAAUAAAAUUUGGAGCUACUGUGCUCUUUGCCAA